AUGGAUGAGGCAGCAAGAGACCAGAAAGUGGCCGCUGCAAAGAAAAAGAAGUAUCAGAAGAAGAAGAAAGGAGUUGGUUCGGUAGACUCUACCAACUCAACGCGUAAAAUUAGUUCUGAAUCUACUGCACCCACUGGUGAUAGAAGGAAUAGUGUCGCAUCGGAUUCUGGAAGUGUCAGAGCUGACGGUUUUGAUGGAAAAGUGCAAGAGUAUGAUGGAAAAGUUCAAGAGUAUGAUGGAAAAGUUCAAGAACCGAUCACAAUAGUAGAAAAUUCUAAUGAUAAUUUCUCUGCACCUAAAAGUAUCAAUUCUGAUUUAGGUGAAAAUCAAAAUUCAAAAGUUUAUUCGGAUUAUAUUCCACAAAUCACUUCAGCUACAAGCCUAGGAUCACAUAGUUCAUUAGUAGAAGGACUUCAACCAAUUUCUCAACCACAUGGACAACAAUCACAACCUAACCUUUUAUCAAAUAAAAUUGAUUUAAUCCCCGUAGUUCCUUCUGUUACUAAUUUGGUUGAGGAAUCACUUACACCUGAAGAUGUUGCUAAUAUAUGUCAUAUGCAGCAACAGACCAUUGCUGUGUUAGUUGAUGAAAAGACUGCUUUGACUUCACGAGUGGAAAAAUAUUCUGCAAUGGAAGAUCGAUAUAAGAGGAGUGAAGAAUUAUUGGAAGAAGGUCAAUUAUUGGUGGAUGCAUUAAGACGUCAGAAUGCUGAAUUGGAGGAAAAAAUACGCAGCGGUGAAGAUCGUCAUAAUGAAGCCGAGAGGGAUAAUAAACAAUUGAUGUCGCAGCUUAAUACCAAAGAUUCUAUCAUUGAACAACUAUCUCAAGAAAAAGCAAAUGCUCGUUCUGUGUCUGAUGAAGUAGAAUCAUUACAAAAAACUCUUCAGGAUAAAGUGGAUCGAUGUGAAGCUUUGGAAAUUGAAUUAUCUAAUUUGCGACACAAAUUUACCAAUACGGAACAGCUUUUUUCAGAAAAUGUAGUAAAGCUUUCAGAAACAGAACUUCUGUCGCGUGAGACCCAGGCAAAAUUUGAGUCGAUGGUUAAAGAGAUCCAACAUUUGACAGAUGAGAGAAGUGAAUUAACACAAAAAGUUGAAAUAAUGUCGAGUUCUCUUGAAACAAAAGAAGUUGAAGCGUUAUCUUUAUCCGAACAGGCUUCAUCGGAUGCUUUUGUUAUCGAAGAGCUAAAGUUGGAACGUGAUAAUUUUUCGAAAGAACUUCAAACUGUACAAUCCGAAAAUUCAAAAUUGACUAGACGUAUUAAGGAUAUUACAACUAAGAUUGACGGGUUGUCGAGUGAUAAUCACAAUUUGAUAGCUCAAUUGACUGAAUUAAGAGAAAAAGUUAUAGAAAUUAGUAAUGAUAAAUUUCAACUUGCUGAAAAAGUAGAUAAAGAAAAAUCAAGAGCUGAUCGAUUAGAAAAAGAAGUAAAUUUAUAUAAAGAUCAUGAAUCAAUGAAAGUGAUUGUUGAAGAGGAAAAGAAUGAUGCGGAUAUAACAAAUGGUACGACACGUGAGAUUAUUUAUGAAGAAAAUCAACCAUUAGAUUCAGAAGAAAUUUCUAAUUUCUCAAGUCAAGAAGAACUUAAACAACAACUUUUCAAAGAACGUCAAAAAUCUUUAAAUCUUGAAUUUCAAUUAAAACGUAUGAAUGAUUCCUAUAACAAUAAUAAAGUUAUACAACAAAUUGAUCAUCAAACAUCAUCACCGUCGAACAGUGCAUAUCCUAAUUAUUCAUCUCAGUUCAGUAGUGAUUUUGAAAUUGGAAAAUGUUCAGGAUGUAUUGGAGAAGUGUUUAUUGUAUAA